CCACCCCCCCAGCUGAGUGGAGGAGUUGAUAUGUCUCAUUAUAACAGCCAAUGCAGCCGCCAUCCACGCACAAGCAAAGAAGCAUGUCCCAUUUAAAUACACCCACGCAGCCCCAGCGCCCUUAGCCGAUCAGGGCGCGCAGCCCACACGCACCGCGGCUCCGGGCUUGGAGAUCCGCGCAGGUCGGGGCUCCGGGAUCCCGCGGAUCGACACUCUCGGAAGAUCGGGAUUGCACUCUGGUUGGGGCCCGGGUGGGCGGGGGAGGCUGGGCCCCGGGCCUCUCUGGCGGACAGCCGCAUGAAGACGCGAGCGACAUAGACCAGGGUGGAAUUGCCAAGGCAGACGUUUCAGGCUGGUUUUGAUCCAUUUCUCCCGCGAAGAGUCGACAUGGCGAGCGACUCCCCAGCUCGAAGCCUGGAUGAAAUUGAUCUCUCCGCCCUGAGGGACCCUGCGGGAAUCUUUGAGUUGGUGGAACUUGUCGGAAAUGGGACAUAUGGUCAAGUGUAUAAGGGACGUCAUGUCAAAACAGGACAGCUUGCAGCCAUUAAGGUCAUGGAUGUCACAGGGGAUGAAGAGGAAGAAAUCAAACAAGAAAUUAACAUGUUGAAGAAAUAUUCUCAUCACAGGAACAUUGCAACAUACUACGGUGCUUUCAUCAAGAAGAACCCCCCAGGCAUGGAUGACCAACUAUGGUUGGUGAUGGAGUUCUGUGGUGCUGGCUCGGUCACUGAUCUGAUCAAGAACACGAAAGGCAACACGCUGAAAGAAGAGUGGAUCGCAUACAUCUGCAGGGAGAUCUUACGGGGCCUGAGUCACCUGCACCAGCACAAAGUAAUUCACCGAGAUAUUAAAGGGCAGAACGUCUUGCUGACUGAAAAUGCAGAGGUUAAACUAGUGGACUUCGGAGUGAGUGCCCAACUUGACAGAACAGUGGGCAGGAGGAACACAUUCAUUGGGACCCCCUACUGGAUGGCACCAGAAGUGAUUGCCUGUGAUGAGAACCCCGAUGCCACAUAUGAUUUCAAGAGUGACUUGUGGUCUUUGGGAAUCACCGCCAUUGAGAUGGCAGAAGGGGCACCCCCCCUCUGUGAUAUGCAUCCCAUGAGAGCCCUCUUCCUCAUCCCCCGGAACCCAGCGCCUCGCCUCAAGUCUAAGAAGUGGUCAAAAAAAUUCCAGUCCUUUAUUGAGAGCUGCUUGGUGAAGAACCACAGCCAGCGGCCAGCCACAGAACAACUGAUGAAGCACCCAUUCAUACGAGACCAACCUAACGAGAGGCAGGUCCGCAUUCAGCUCAAGGACCACAUUGACAGGACAAAGAAGAAGCGAGGAGAAAAGGACGAGACUGAGUAUGAAUACAGUGGAAGUGAGGAGGAAGAGGAAGAGAACGACUCCGGGGAGCCCAGCUCCAUUCUCAACCUACCAGGGGAGUCAACACUGCGGCGAGACUUCCUGAGACUGCAGCUGGCCAACAAGGAGCGCUCAGAGGCUCUGCGGCGGCAGCAACUGGAACAGCAGCAGCGGGAGAAUGAAGAGCACAAGAGGCAGCUCCUGGCUGAGCGCCAGAAGCGCAUUGAGGAGCAGAAAGAGCAGAGGCGGAGGCUGGAGGAGCAACAAAGGCGUGAGAAGGAGCUCCGGAAGCAGCAGGAGCGGGAGCAGCGCCGGCACUAUGAAGAACAGAUGCGCCGGGAGGAGGAGAGGAGGCGCGCAGAGCACGAGCAGGAAUACAUCAGGCGACAGUUAGAGGAGGAGCAAAGACAGUUAGAGAUCUUACAGCAGCAGCUACUGCAUGAACAAGCUCUACUUCUGGAAUAUAAGCGCAAACAACUGGAAGAACAGAGGCAAGCAGAGAGACUCCAGCGACAGCUAAAGCAAGAGAGAGACUAUCUGGUUUCCCUGCAGCAUCAGCGACAGGAGCAGAGGCCCCUGGAGAAGAAGCCACUGUACCAUUAUAAGGAGGGCAUGAGUCCCAGUGAGAAGCCAGCAUGGGCCAAAGAGGUAGAAGAACGCUCAAGACUAAACCGACAGAGUUCACCUGCCAUGCCUCACAAGGUUGCCAACAGGAUCUCUGACCCCAACCUGCCCCCAAGAUCGGAGUCCUUCAGCAUUAGUGGGGUUCAGCCUGCUCGGACACCGCCAAUGCUCAGACCUGUUGACCCCCAGAUCCCACAGCUGGUAGCUGUCAAAUCCCAGGGACCUGCCUUGACUGUCUCCCAGUCAGUGCACGAGCAACCCACAAAGGGCCUGUCUGGGUUCCAGGAGGCUCUGAAUGUGACCUCUCACAGGAUCGAGAUGCCACGCCAGAACUCAGAUCCCACCUCGGAAAAUCCUCCUCUCCCCACUCGCAUUGAAAAGUUCGACCGAAGCUCUUGGUUACGACAGGAAGAAGAUAUUCCACCAAAGGUGCCUCAAAGAACAACUUCUAUAUCUCCAGCAUUAGCCAGGAAGAAUUCCCCUGGGAAUGGCAGUGCUCUGGGCCCCAGACUUGGAUCUCAACCUAUCAGAGCAAGCAAUCCUGACCUCCGCAGAACAGAGCCCGUACUGGAGAGUCCCUUGCAGAGGACCAGCAGUGGCAGUUCCUCCAGCUCCAGCACUCCCAGCUCCCAGCCCAGCUCCCAAGGAGGCUCUCAGCCUGGGUCACAAGCAGGAUCUAGUGAACGAACCAGAGUUCGGGCCAACAGUAAGUCUGAAGGAUCGCCUGUGCUCCCCCACGAGCCUUCCAAGGUGAAACCCGAAGAAUCGAGAGAUAUCACCCGGCCUAGUCGACCAGCUAGCUAUAAAAAAGCUAUAGAUGAGGGAGAAAUGGAUCUGACGGCAUUAGCCAAAGAAUUAAGAGAACUCCGGAUUGAAGAAACAAAUCGCCCACUGAAGAAAGUAACUGACUACUCCUCCUCCAGCGAGGAAUCAGAGAGUAGUGAGGAAGAGGAAGAAGAUGGGGAGAGUGAGACACACGAUGGGACAGUGGCUGUCAGUGACAUCCCCAGACUGAUACCAACAGGAGCUCCAGGGAGUAACGAGCAGUACAAUGUGGGAAUGGUCGGGACACAUGGGCUGGAGUCUUCGCAUGCUGACACCUUUGGCAGCAGCAUUUCCAGAGAAGGAACCCUGAUGAUCAGAGAGACGACUGAAGAAAAGAAGCGAUCUGGCCACAGUGACAGUAAUGGCUUUGCAGGUCACAUCAACCUCCCAGACCUUGUGCAGCAGAGUCAUUCCCCAGCUGGAACUCCCACCGAGGGACUGGGUCGUGUCUCUACCCAUUCCCAGGAGAUGGAUUCUGGGACUGAAUAUGGUAUGGGAAGCAGCACCAAAGCCUCCUUCACACCCUUCGUGGACCCCAGAGUGUAUCAGACAUCGCCCACUGAUGAAGACGAAGAAGAUGACGAGUCAUCAGCUGCUGCCCUGUUUACUAGCGAACUCCUUAGGCAAGAACAGGCUAAACUCAAUGAAGCCAGAAAGAUUUCAGUGGUGAAUGUGAACCCGACAAACAUCCGCCCUCAUAGUGACACGCCGGAAAUCAGAAAAUACAAGAAACGCUUCAAUUCCGAAAUACUUUGUGCAGCUCUAUGGGGUGUAAACCUUCUCGUGGGAACUGAAAACGGCCUGAUGCUUUUGGACAGAAGUGGCCAAGGCAAAGUCUACAACCUGAUCAACCGGAGGCGAUUCCAGCAGAUGGACGUGCUAGAAGGACUUAAUGUCCUUGUGACAAUAUCAGGAAAGAAGAAUAAGCUCCGUGUUUACUAUCUUUCGUGGUUAAGAAACAGAAUCCUGCACAAUGACCCAGAAGUGGAAAAGAAGCAGGGGUGGAUCACAGUUGGGGACUUGGAAGGCUGUAUACAUUACAAAGUUGUUAAAUAUGAGAGGAUCAAGUUCUUGGUGAUUGCCUUAAAGAACGCAGUGGAGAUAUAUGCUUGGGCCCCUAAACCUUACCACAAAUUCAUGGCGUUUAAGUCUUUUGCAGAUCUUCAGCAUAAGCCUCUGCUUGUUGACCUAACAGUUGAAGAAGGUCAAAGGUUAAAGGUCAUUUUUGGCUCACACACUGGUUUCCAUGUAAUUGAUGUUGAUUCUGGAAACUCCUAUGAUAUCUACAUACCAUCCCAUAUUCAGGGCAAUAUCACUCCCCAUGCUAUUGUCAUCUUGCCCAAAACAGAUGGAAUGGAAAUGCUUGUCUGCUAUGAGGAUGAGGGGGUGUAUGUGAACACCUAUGGCCGGAUCACGAAGGACGUGGUUCUCCAGUGGGGAGAGAUGCCCACAUCUGUGGCCUACAUUCAUUCCAAUCAGAUAAUGGGCUGGGGCGAGAAAGCUAUUGAGAUCCGGUCAGUGGAAACAGGACAUUUGGAUGGAGUAUUUAUGCAUAAGCGAGCUCAAAGGUUAAAGUUUCUAUGUGAAAGAAAUGAUAAGGUCUUUUUUGCAUCCGUGCGAUCUGGAGGAAGUAGCCAAGUGUUUUUCAUGACCCUCAACAGAAAUUCCAUGAUGAACUGGUGACGGAAGAGCACUUGGCACUUAUCUUCAUGGCGUUAUUUCUAAUGUAAGAGAACAUAACUCGUGUGGACGUAUGCCAGUCUAGAGGCAGAACCGGAAGGCCUGCUUGAACGCCCCGCCUUCUUUUCCCGCUUCCUUCCCCUCCGUCCCUCCCAAUAGCCCCUCUUUCAGUGUUGCAGCCUUGUUGAGAAGGAUAGAAAGAGGUGGCAGGAAUGUCCGUGACAUCCCGAGGAUGCUGCAUUGUCUGUGGACAGAGUUGGACCUUGUGCCCUUCGGAGUUAGGGAUAGAAACAAAUAUUGUGUGCUUUUAUGAUUAAGCUGUGUUCAUGCUGGCUUUUCAGUUCUUUGGGUUUGGGUUUCCUUUUUAACUUUUUUCUUCUUUACCCCCUUAUUUUAUAAGGAUGGGGAAAGGAUACAUACUGGGAAAUUAGUCUUUUUUUAAUUCUGUCUGCCUGCUAGCUUUAAGUAUAUGGUGUGUUGUAAAACUUCCAAUUCCCAGUAGUGAGAGACAGCACAAUAAAUGUACCUUAUCUCCCUGCACUGAAGGCUAUACCCGCAUUGUCGGGUAAUUUAAGAACUCUCUUGCCUUCACUAACCCAACAGACUGUUUUGUUUUGUUUUGUUUUUUAAUUGCUACUGGCUAAUGAAUUUUUGAAAGAGAAGCAAAAUAGCUUUCUCCUCUCUGGGGAAAUAGAUUUUAAAUGGCUAAACUACUAGCCUUAAUCUAAUAAAAUCAACUACCACUUUUGUGAGUCUGACAGGCCGUAGUUUGAUAUGGCCCUUUCUAGAAUGGAGGGUGUUGAGUGGGACAGAGAUGCCAUUGAGUUGAGUGGACUUGUGAUUGGGGAGGGACUCUGGGAUGCCACUGUCCCUCAAUUAUUAUGCAACAGAUCAGGGCAAAACAUGGGAUGACAGGUGGGUCACCCAGAAGGAGCUUAUGAGAAAUGAGCUAAUAUGUCUAUGUAAAUACACACGCAUUCUUUCCUCAAGGCGCAAAGCCUCCCUGCUAAGAGGUCCCUUCAUUUGGGUAUGUUAGGAUUGAGACUGGUUGAGACCUUUCCUGGAGCUGAGGUUACAUGACAACCAUGCUCCGGAAUGCCAACCCAAGGGUGCCACUUUCUCAAGAUUUUAAACUGUGACAAAGAAGAAUCAUUAAGAAAUACUUCUGAGCUGCUGUGUUCUCACUGGGUCAAGGGACUAGACUCCUGAGCCUGCACAGACACUGCAGGUUCCAACAGCUCAGGUCUUAGGGAACCUGAAGGCAAGGCUUUGGCCAAAAUUCUGAGACCCUAAUCAUGUUAUGUUCCUCCAAACUUCCCAACAUACUGUUAACAACAUCUGUGCAGAGAUGUGUGUGUGUGUGUGUAUUUAGUUCAGGUUGACUUGUGUCCGUAAAACCCUUACUCGGAUGAUUUGAACCUUUAUGUGACUGGCUGGGAUUUUUCCCAAAGCUGUAAGCAUGGCCGCCUAUGGUAUCCAGAUGUUGCGAAAUGGUAUCUGUGCUGUGCUUCCUGUUUUAACCUACCUCGUUUUGUUUGUUUUUGUUUCUCUGUUCACCACAGCAGUGUUAUCUCCAGGAGACAUAUAGAGAGCUUAACUGGGCAAUCUCAGCUCUAUUGAAUAUUUUCAAAACAAUAGUUCACCAAAUUGUUCUUUAAAAAUUGGAGGGAGAAAAAAAUUUCCAGUGACAAAAACCUAAUGACACUUGGUUUUAAAGAAUGCAGUUACUGUAAAUGAAAAGAAAAACAAAAACUGUGAUCCUACUGAUUUUGCCUAAACAAAUGAGCAGCUAAUGUACUAUUAAUGAGAACGAAACACAUGCUAGGAACAUGGUUUGGCCAGAGGGAAUGAGAAAGGGAAUGAUUCUGAAUUCUGAACUAUAGCCUACUGUGUUAUCCCCAAGGGCGAUGGUCAUUUGCAGUUAUCUAAAGCAGGUAACACCAGGAAUGUAAUAAGGGUGGUCUUCAGGUGAUCACCAGAUGUGCCCAUUAUGGUCCCUCUAGUUCUCAAAAGCAAUGAAAUCCCCCCGUUCUCAUUUUUACUGCUGGGGUUAUGCUGCUGAAUGACAAUGUCUUCGCAAAUUCCAUGGGACAAAUUCAGCAACUCUUGCGAUUGGAUGCUGAUAUGGACAAAAAUAAUGUGGAUCUGGAUCUUGUCUCCAAACGAGAUUGCCACCAGCUCUUUAUAUUGCUGCUGUGACAGUUUGAACCAGAGGCUUCUUUAAAUUAUGUUGCAAACUGAUCUUUGUUUUUAUGUUUUGUUUCAUUCUUAUUUCUAAGUGAUACAUCCAAAACACACAGCUUUAAAUGAUUUUUUAUUGUGGGACUUUGGGUACAGUUAAGAAAUAAAAGGGAAUCAUUGUGUUUAAACAUAAGGUAGUUUGUGAAUGUAUUUUUUAAAAUCUAGAUUCAUUGGAACAAAAAAUCAUAAGAAAACAUAUUAAUGCCGUCUUGUUUACAGUAUGUACAGUGACAUAACAUAACAUGAGCUUUUUCUGGUGCCAACAAAACAAAAUAAAACACAGACGUUAAACAUCAAGCCAUGCCUUUUAUAUUUUUGUACAAACAUUUUGCACUGAGCAUAAGGUAAAAGCAAAUUUGAGGCCCACCAAUCUCUGCUCCUUAAAAUACAUUUAUAGAAUUCCUGGAAGUAGUUAUCUUUGAAAGUAAAUAUUCUGGCAUUUAUGACAGGUCUCAACCCUGACAUCAUGAGACCUUGGUCAUGUAAAAUAUAUCAGAAUGGUGCCCCUGUGGCUCAUCAUACAGUUCCCACUGGGGGAGAGUUUCCUUUUGUUUGCUUUUUUUCUGUGGAUGUGAUCUCUUUACUUAUAACAGUUUAAUAUUUCUUCUGUUGUGAUCUUUCCUUUGAAAGGGUUUUGUUACUAGAAAUUAGACAGGCUUCUGUUUUUCUAUAAGGAAGAGUCACCUUCCCCGAGAUUAAGCUUUAGUGUCCAUCCUCAACACACUAAAUUGUUGACAUUCAGCAAACCCACUGAGCAUGGUCACACCACAGCUUUGGCCUGGGACCUAGAAGAGACCAUUGUGCUUACAUGCUUGCCAGGACAUUGUAGCUUGGAUUCCUGUUUCCAGUGAAUGGUGGAGAUGGAUGGACUGUGAAUCCUCUCCUACCAAUUCCAUCCAGAUCAUAUAUAGCCACCCCACAACAUAUAAACAACUUAUAUUAAGGACCACAUGAAACCUGAUAGCUCUAGUGAGAUGGUGCUCAGUGGUUUUCUUAGGGAAUUUUAAACAAACUUCAAGACCUAGACUUCUUUGUAUUAUUAUGAUUCUUAUUCAGUGGAGUACAUUAAAGUUAGGGCAAACUCUCAUAAGGCCACUUAGAUGGGGCCCCAUGCUUCUAACACUACCAUUCUUUUCUGGGGUACACACCUAACAGACCUUGUAUCAAGUGCACAUUUUUCGAUGUCAUUGUAGUCUCUGGUCAUCACCACCUACUUCUAACAGUUUUCUGUCUGCUCCUGUGAUGCGCUGAUGAUUAUGUCUCUGGUCGAUCCCCUGCAGUAGUUUAGAAAGAGGUGUGAUACCCAGGCUGGAGCCAUUUGGGUUUUGUCCAUUGACACAGAAGGGCCAAAGUCUGACUUCACAGCCCACAAAGCUUUCUUUAAAAACUGCUUUCCCUGCUACUGUGUGUAUGAGUUCAUGUCCCUGUAUCCUUGAACCGUGCAAUUGCUCUGUGUGUGCUGUCUUGGAAAGUCCAUGUGAACAGACACCGUUGCCUUCGUGCUAACUGCUUUAUAGUAUAUGAUGUGAUACAUCAAUGUUAAGAGAAGAGACAGAGGUGUUGAUGAGACUUUGACCUUAACCUGUUGCAGGAAAGCAUGAGAAAAUCUAUCCUGCUCCAAACACGUCAGAGACUCUGGUACUGUGUUCUGAUCAUCUCGACAGUUGUAAAUUAUUGAUUACCUUUUAGUUCAUUCCUGAAGAAAAUUAAAUAUAAAUGUCUCAAACAACACAUACAAACCGUCUGAUGGCCCAAGAACUUGAUUUUCAUUAUCACACAAAAUUUAACCCCUAAAGUCUAUUUUUUUUAUUUUCUUGCUGGAAUUUCUCAUAAAUGCCAUUGUAUUUGACCUUGCUUGCUACAGCAGUACUGGGGACCCUGAAAUGAGCUGUCUUCCCGUGAGUCUCACACAGCGUGACUAUAACAUGAUCUUUCUUCCAGAACCCAGCAAAGAGUAAAAGCUCCUCACGUUUGCAGGUCCUGAGCUGACACACAUAGACUUUUACCAAGUCUUUCCUAGUGUCAUUUUUAUUUCCAUACUGUGUCACUGUUCCAGAAAUUUCUCCAUAGACAUUUGUGUGAUUCAAAAAAUUGCACAACAUUAAACAAGAUCUGGACCCUGUGCAUUGAACUUUAUUCUUCUGCACAUGCCAGUCCAUGAACGCCCACAAUACAGACCAACAAAGAUCUCCCCAAAAUUUUUUCAACUGAAGAUCCCUGGAUAAGGUUUGCACUGUUUUAACUCAGAUCAAAAUGUUGCUAAACAUUUGGGUGAAAUCUAGAAAAUACAAUUGAAAAUAAAAAACCCUCCCUGAGCUUUCUGA